AUGUCUUCUUCUUCAUAUGAAUAUUUGUCUAUAGGGAAAGAUUAUGACCUUUCUCAUUUAGAAAAGCUUGCCAAUGAAUGGGAUUCCAGCCUCCCGAGAAAUAAAGAGCCAAAGAAUCUAAUUGAGAUCAUUUAUAUGUAUCUUAAAUUUUUAGAUAUGUUUCUCAGCUUGCAGAGCUUCACAACUGUAUGUUGGUAUGCUACACAGAAAGUUCAAGAAGUUUUUUCUUAUGCUGAAACUGAAGUCAAAAGAAUCAACCAUCCCGGCGAUGUUGCAUCCGUGUUCUUUAAGUUGGAAGAACACAUUUGUGAGACUAAGUUGGAAAUCAGAGAUAAAUACUCCUUUCCCGAAGCAUCACUACCACUUUCCUCCAUCGUUGCUACUCCCGAAUUUGCAAAGAAAUUCAUUGAUACUGUUAUAAGGAAUCUCACUGAUUUAUCAGAGAUUUGUCAUCCUUAUAUUGACUUAGUUCCUCACUCAAGCAAACAGCCAAUGGAAGAGGUUGUAAAGGAGUUAAAGUUAUUGAGAAAUUUUGUCUACUUUAUUUCAGAUAGAAUAUGCUUGGAUGAGUCGGAUCCUCAAAGCCAACAUACUUUCUUGACUCAUGUUUUAGUUGUGGCUGGUCAUGCAGCAAUGAUUUCUUGGUUGAAUUUGCCAAACCAUUGGAAAGAAAAAAACUUGGCUUCAGCUAAAAUGAAUGCUUCAUUUUCCGACUUUCAGAAGAGGAUUCAGCCUAUUCAACCAUGUAUCCGCAAGAUCUAUGUUGAUGUCCUGCAAGCUCUAAAAUCAGGAUGCCAUCCAAAUAUUGAAGCUGAGUAUGUUUCUGAUUAUAAAUAUGGCUUUGUGGAGACUCUCGUACACCGUUUGAAAGUGCUGCCCGUUACUUUCAAGGAUCAAAUGCCAAUGCUCAACUUCUUGAGAGACAAUCUCAUCAAUCUACCAAGAGAGGCCUUUAAAGAUCUUGAUACCGCAAUUAUUGAUGCAGGGCUUCUAGUUUACUCGUUGUAUGACCGCGUGGAGGAGAAGGAAGACGUGGCUGUUGGGGAGUCAAAUCAAGUGCCAGUUCUUGAUUUCUCUGGAGAUAUUCCGAGUAUACAAGCACUGAUCUACCUCAUCAGUCGGAAGUCAUUUCACUCCAAAUUACCUAAGAUUGAUGGGCUGGGAUCUAUUGAUAUCAUUUUAGACCACCUGAAGGAGUAUCUAAGCCUCUAUUCAGACUCACUUUCUUCUAUAAAGAGCCAACUUUGGACAAUUCAGCAGCAAUUGGAUCACUUUCAGAAGCAUCACGAUGGAUCGUUCCAGUAUUUUUCAAUGCAGGUGAUUUCUAUAGCAUAUGAGGUGUAUCAUUUGGUUGUCGGUUGCAUAAAUAAUGAUAUCCCUGAGUGGUGCAUUGUUCUCUGGAUUGGAGACAUCAUAGAGGAGAUUACACUACUCAUGAAGGAGGUACUGAAGAAUCAUGAUGAAAAGAAAGUUGCUGACUUGGUAUUGCAUACUACCACUGAUGUUGUCAGUGCUCAUACGUCACAACUUGCUUGGAUUACAAGUAUCAGAGAAGAAAUGGUGGGUUUUGAUGAGGUGGUGCAAACACUAAAGGGGAAGCUAAUCAGAGGAUCAUCAAAAUUGGAUCUUAUCUCAAUUGUUGGAAUGGCCGGAUUGGGUAAGACAACUCUAGCUAACAAACUAUUUCUUGAUCAGUUAGUUGUUUCUCAUUUUGAUGUCUGUGCACAAUGUUGUGUAUCUCAAGCAUAUACACGUAAAGACUUGUUACUAACCAUUCUUCGGGGUGUUAAGAAGGAUACAGUUAUCAGUGAUAAACUACCAGAGAAUGAAUUGGCAGAUAAGUUGCGUAAACUUCUAUUUGGUCAGAGGUAUCUUAUCCUCAUUGAUGAUGUCUGGGAAACUACUGCAUGUGAUGAUCUAAUGCCUUGCUUCUAUGAAGCCAAUAAUGGAAGUAGACUUAUCCUGACAACUCGCCAUGAUCAUGUUGCCUACCAUGCUAAACUCGUUAGUGAUCCUCAUUUUCUUCGAAAGUUUACUCUUGAAGAAAGUUGGAUGCUAUUGAAGAAUAAGGUGUUCAACAAAAAAAGUUGCCCUGUUGUCUUAGAAGAUGUUGGCCAAAAGAUAGCACUAAAGUGUGGGGGGCUACCUCUUUCAGUUGUCCUGGUAGCAGGUAUUCUCGAAACAAUGGAGAAGGAAAAACGUUGUUGGGAACAAGUUGCAAUAAAUUUAGGUCCACACAUCCAGGCUAAGUCAGAGGAUAUAAUAAAUCUUAGUUACCAAGAUUUACCAUUUCAUUUGAAACCUUGCUUUUUGUAUUUUGGAGUAUUUUCGGAAGACGAAGAGAUAAAGGUAUCAAAAUUAACAUGGUUGUGGACAGCAGAAGGUUUGGUAAAAACUCAUACAGAGAAGCUUUCCGAAGAUAUAGCAGAAAAUUACUUAAAGAACCUUAUUGGAAGAAACCUUGUGAUGGUUUCCAAGAAAAGUUCCGAUGGUAAGACCAAGACAUGUCGCAUUCAUGACUUGUUGCUUGAGUUUUGUAAAAAGAAAGCCAAGGUGGAGAACUUUCUACAAUGCAUAGAAGGGGACAAUGAUAAUAUGAAUCUUUCUUCUACUUCCUAUCAGAAGCAUAGCAUUCAACGACGCUUAUGCCUUCAAUUUCAAGUUGAUAAUCUUGCAGAAUGGAGUUCGAUUUGUUCAGAUGUACAAUCUUUCCACUUGAUGAAGGGAAGAAAAAUUGGAUUUUCUUCAAUAGGCUAUGCAUCACACACUUUUAACAGUUUCAAGUUCCUGUGGGUGCUAGAUUUAGAAUUCACGGUAAUUGAUUCUUUCCCAGAAGGGUUAACCCGCUUGAGAUAUGUUGCUGUUAAAGUUGCUGAAGAUUCUUCAUUGACAUUCUCGGACAAUCUUUGGAACCUUGAAACUUUAGUAGUUAAAGGACUUGGAGGACGAGUAACUUUACCAGACACCAUCUGGAAGAUGGUCAAGUUGCGCCAUUUGCACGUAUACAACCGCGCUAUUUUCAAUAUAAACAAUGCUUUCCAAGAGAUGGAUGGAUUGAGAACUCUUUCCUCUACAUGGUUUCCUUGUGUGGAGGAUGCAAACAGGAUCUUUGCAAAGACACCAAAUCUUCAAAAACUGAGAUGUGAAGUUUUGUCAUGUGAUGGCUUUUUCCCUGCAUUUAACAAUCUUGAAAUGCUCAAGUUUUCUUGGGGUCGUUUGGGGAUAUGGGCCACUGAGCUGAACUUGCCACCAAGUCUCAAGAAAUUAACACUAUCCAAUGGUUGCGUAUCUGGACUUAAUCAGGUCGCAAUCCUCCCCAGUCUUGAGGUACUCAAACUGCUAAACGUUUCCAUUAAAUCCAAAUGGAAAGUGACCGAUGAGCAUUUCCCUCACCUCAAAUUCUUGAAACUGCAAGAUCUUUCUUUUUCUGAAUGGGAUGUUUUGGAUGAUGCUUUCCCAUACCUUGAGCACUUGGUGUUAAGAAGAUGUCAAUAUCUUAGGAUGAUCCCUUCUUGCUUCGGAUACAUGAUAUCUCUAAAAUCCAUUGAGGUAAAGUCAUGCAAGGAGGAAUCACUCACCGAGUCAGCCUUGGAGAUCAAGAAUAUGCAAGUUGAUGAGAUAGGAAAUUCUGAUUUCCAGGUCUUCAUCCACAAGUAGAUCAACAAUGCUCUAGUACUCUGUCUCGAACUGGUUAUCAGUUUUUAAGGAGUUUUAUCAGCUGAAGCAGUUGGAAAGAACAAAAAGGCUUGUAUAAGAUGUAUUAGUUGAACUACUGGUGGUAUCACUUAUAGUAUUCUGAAACUGAUUUUAGUGAUUUGUUUACUUACGGAUCGAGAAUG